AUGGCCGCCCACACGGCACUUACACUCUUUUUUUUGAUAUUUCUUCAUGUGCAAUACUCUCUCUCGUCAGGCAUUCCAGUCCAUGCGGUCCGGAAGCCCGCUGUAGCAGCUCUCCAAGCCCAUGGCAUCCAUAUUCCCCCGCGCGUAAUCAACGCUACCCAAGCCCAGAUCGAUCAGGCAUACGCCAUCGUCAAUGCAUCUAUCGCUCAGGCUGCGAAGCUCAACGAAGCCCGUGUGAAGAACCCUGCUCGCAACGCCUACAAGCUUGCCCCUGGCACUAUCAUCAAGCGCGACUCCAAUGAUACUCAGACUGGCAUCAGGCAGCCCCCUCCCCUAUUGAACAUUACUACCGAGAUUGCCAAUGCUGCUGCCCUGAUUGCCGAGAUCCAGGCAUUGAACACGGCGAAUGCAUCCCGCACUGCCUUGACGAAGCGAUCCAGCUUCUGGAUGGAGAACAUAUCGCGCAAGGGAAGUGUCCCUUGGGGGAAUAUUGAUGGGUUUCAGGUGUUCAGAAACGUCAAGGAUUUCGGUGCCGUGGGCGAUGGUGUACAUGACGAUACGGAAGCGAUCAAAACUGCAAUUAUGGCUGCGUCGAGUGGUAAUAGAAAGAGCGCACGCUGCGGCGCUGGCUGUUAUGGGUCUUCCACCCAGAAUGCAAUCGUCUACUUUCCACAGGGAACGUAUCUUGUGAGCAGCACAAUCGACGUCGUAUUCGGCACUCAGCUUAUCGGAGAUGCUACCAAUUGGCCAACUAUCAAAGCAGCACCAUCGUUCGUGGGCAUGGGUGUCCUCGCGACAGAUGAAUAUGUGCCAAAUGGUGGGAAUGGCGCGGAUGGGAAUGCGAAAGAGUGGUAUAUCAACACGGCAAGCUUCUACCGCCAGAUCCGAAACUUCAAGAUCGAUAUCAGAGCCUCCUCGCAGGACGCAUACAUUUGUGCUAUCCAUUACCAGGUGGCACAGGCUACCAGUUUGCAGUACGUCGAGCUCAUUUCGACGAGCCCGUCGGAUAACCCUGCCACGACUCAGCAGGGAAUUUUCGCAGAAAAUGGCAGCGGAGGGCAGAUGAGCGAUCUGACUUUCACUGGGGGCAAUUUCGGUCUCUAUGGCGGGAGCCAGCAGUUCACUGCGCAGCGGCUCACAUUCAAAGGGUGUAAGACUGGAGUCCAGUUAAUCUGGGACUGGGGUUGGACGUGGAAGAGCAUAGAGAUGGAUGGUGUUGGCACUGGAUUCCGCCUCAUCAGUGAGGACGGAACUGGCAACAUUGGAUCUGUCUACGUUAUGGACACCAAAUUCACCAAUGUCGCCACUGCCAUACUGACGAAGCCGGCCUCGAAGGAUCCCGGGACGGGCACCACCGGCAUCACUCUUGAUAACGUGGCCUUCAGUAAUGUUCAGCACUACGUGUUUGACACAAAUGGCAAGGAAUAUGUCGAGGGAGCCCCCUCAUCCGUGGACACAUGGACAUUGGGUCCAGUGUAUUUCAGGGGCACAACGAGGGAUGUCUCCCUCGGUUACUCCUUCACCACUCCACGCAAGAGUCCUCUGGUCGGCACCAGCAAUGGUCUGCCGAAGAGUCCAUUCUUCGAGAGGGCAAAGCCGCAGUAUGAGGAUCUGGAUGCUUCAGCUUUCGUUCACGUGAAGGAUCACGGCUGCAAAGGCGACGGUUCCACCGACGACACGGCUGCUUUCCAGGCUGUCCUAGACGCCUAUGGCAACUCUGGAUCGGUCAUUUUCGUGGACGCCGGCACGUACAUUCUGACCGAUACUGUGACGGUACCUCCUGGUACCCGCAUCGUCGGUGAAGCAUGGUCUCAGCUGGCUGCCUCCGGGUCCAAGUUCUCCAGCAUCAAGUACCCGCAUGUGAUGUUUAGGGUGGGCGACAAGGGCUCCGUCGGCUCCGUCGAGAUACAGGAUCUCCUUUUCACGACCAAAGGGGCCACCCCUGGAGCGAUCCUCAUCGAGUGGAACCUCCUGGCUGAUAAGCAAGGCUCUGCGGGCAUGUGGGACUGUCACACGCGGUUGGGCGGCGCCACUGGUACUGAACUGACGCCGUCGGAAUGUCCCCCUUCAACAACUGGCACCGAUAGUGGAUGUUCUGCGGGCAGUCUGAUGAUGCACAUCACUUCGACUGGAAGCGCAUAUCUGGAGAAUGUAUGGCUCUGGGUUGCAGACCAUAUGACAGACGAUCCAAACUGGACCGACGACGGUAAUGACAUGGUUCAAAACUCCAUAUACAAUGCCCGAGGCUUCCUCAUUGAAAGCACAGCUGCAACCUGGCUGUACGGCACAGCAUCAGAGCACUCGGUAUACUACCAGUACAACAUCAACAAUGCCAAAUAUCUGUUCGCGGGCAUGAUUCAAACAGAGUCUCCGUAUUAUCAACCAACUCCUACGCCGCCAGCUCCCUUUGCCGACGCCGUUGGUGUCUUUCGUGGCGAUCCGUCCUUUAGCUGCCAGGCUGGAGAGGCCGGAUGUGACGAGUCGUGGGCAGUGAUGAUCCAGAAUUCAGAGGACGUCUUCAUCGCUGGUGCUGGUUUAUAUUCUUGGUUUUCCACCUAUUCUCAAACAUGCGUGGAUUCUUCCAACUGCCAAAAAACGCUGGUCUACAUGGAUACCAACAAAGAUGUUAUCAUCCAUAACCUGAUCACAAUCGGGGCAACGAACAUGAUAACGUCGGAUGGGUCCACCAUUCCAUCCAAAGACAAUCUCGCCGUCAAGAGCCAUCCCUACUGGAGCCAGCUGACCGUCUUCUAUCCCAUCCAGAACACUCCUGACCCGUGCAAGGCAAGCAACGACGGUGCAGGCUGGCCGGGCACCAAAGACGAGGCGCUCAUCACCUACGUGACUCUCGUCAACGGCUGUCCGCAUGAUUUCACACUAACCAGCAAGCAUUCCUACCAGAUGCCCACUUUUGAUUUUGAUACUGUCCCUUCUGGCGCAUCCCGCCAGAACAAGCAGGAAUACCAGCAGGACGGCGCGAAGAUCUUUGUAGAUGACAAAGGCGAGGCAUACUAUUCGAUCACCGACACAGACGACACGUUCCAACUGCAGGCUCGCACUAAUUCAGAGAGCGACCACCGCAUGCGUGAGGUGUACUACUUUGACAAUUUCGCCACGGACGACGUCACCAAAAACUCGUCCUUUGAACUCAUGGACCGGGGCGGCCACCGCGCUUUCAACCUCAUCAUAACCGGCAGCGAGCGCUACGGCCACUAUUGGACAUCAGUCAACCCGCCGGUAGCAUGGAUGCAUGCUAUCCUAGAUGUCAUUGGCGAGCGCAAGCUCCGUCAUGUCAGUAUGAUUGGGUCGCAUGAUGCUGGGAUAUCCAAACGGAAUGGGGGAACUGCGUUCGCCGAUGCGGACAACUCCCAGACGCAGAAAUUGAACAUCUCAGGGCAGCUCGGCGCCGGCUCGCGGUUCUUCGAUAUCAGACCGGUAGUCGGCAACGGCGGCCAAUACCUCGCUGGCCACUAUAACCUGCCGUCCUCUGUGCCGCAGGGGAUCAACGGGGAGUAUCUGACUGACAUCGUGGACGAGAUCAACGGCUUCACAGCGACCAACGGCGAGCUGAUCAUCCUGCACAUUUCCCACGCCUACAACACCGACGAGGGCUACCGCGACAUGAACAACGACGAGUUCAACAAAGUCUUUGACAUCAUGCAGGGACUAACCCACCGCUGCGGUGGCCUAGACGGCGACCUAACCGACAAAACCAUCAACGAUUUCAUCGGUGACGGCAACGCCUGCGUGCUGAUCAUCUCCGAUGGCGGCACCGCGCGACCCGCCGAGGGCAUCUACAACACGGGAUCCUCGUUCGGCUGGGACGGCGAAGGCCACUGGUCGAACACGGACUCCAUCAGCGAUAUGGCAAGUGACCAGCUGUCAUAUCUUGCAUCGCAUCGCAACAUAAUCCAAGAUGACGGAAAGAGGCUGGACAAGUUCAUGGUGAUGCAGUGGAUCCUGACGCUGGAGGGCCUGGAGAACGCCCCUGGGACGGGGCCGGAUGACCACAGUAUCAGUAUUGAGUAG